AUGUCUUCUUCCCUCACGUCACCUACUCCUUCUGUUAAAACUGAUUCAAGCGUUACUGAUUCGCCGCCACAGCAAAAAGAAGUUCCUUUUUGUGCUUAUUUGUCGAUUUCGCCCUGAUUUUUCGUUUUUAGGGCCUAACUUUGUUUAUGGCGCUUUUUAAGAUGGCGAAUUGCAACGCUGUUGUGGAGGCCCAACGAGCCUUUUUCCGUACCGGCGAGACCAAGUCGGUCAAGUUCCGGAAGCAACAGCUUCAGACGUUGAAAAAGUUCGUCGAAGAGAACAGACAUGAGCUCAACGACGCCGUUUAUCGUGACUUGAGACGGGUGAGUCUGAAAGUUGAGAUAAAUUGAAAAGCAAAGAAUAUUUGGUCAAUACUCUAGAAGAAAUAAUGAGAAAGAGAAGUCAUACUGAGUUUGAAGUUUUAAAAUGAAAUUGAUGAUAAAUGCUUCAGGCUUGUGCAGAAAAUCGAAAAUUCAAUUUUUUCGAGUGAAAUUUGAAAAUCUUAUAGUAAAAUGGCUCAAAAGCUGGUCAAAAUUUUUUGAUACAAAAAUUAGAUUUGAAAAAGAACAUCCAUCUGAAGUAAUUCCUUUUCAGCGACACGAACAAACGGAGGGACUCGAAAUUGGAAUGGUCCUUCAAGAAAUCGAUUAUUUCCUUGCCAAUAUCGACGAGUGGAGCAAGCCGACAUAUGUAUAUUCCCGAAAGUCCUUUUGGAGUUGAUGUUUCAUUUCAAAGGUGCAAAAGACAGUUGUGACGAUGAUGGACAAGCCUUUGGUGGUCAAAGAUCCGAAAGGAGUCGUCCUGAUCGUUUCGCCUUGGAAUUAUCCAGUUUCCAUGAUUCUGCUCCCCUUGAUUCCGGCUAUCGCUGCAGGUGCGAGUUUGGUAGAAGAGCUUUCAAGAUUGAACUGAAAGUUGAAAAAUGUAAUUCUUUUACAAAUAUUCGAAAAAGAAAGUGAAGGAAUCGAAAAAUCAUGAAACGAAAGAAUAAUUUUAAAGUUAUAUUGAAAUUUAGAAGGAAGCAUCUGAGUAAUAGCUUCCUAAAAAAAUCAAUGACAUUCCGUUUAAAAAAAGGAAACUGAACAAUUUUUCCGAGUGUAGAGAAAAAGCUCCGAGGAGUUUUCACGUAGUUAGACAAGCACUGGAAAAAAAGUUAUUCUAAUUUUUUUAGAGGAAAUUUUAUCCAAUUGAAUGAAAAAUUCCAGGAAACACGGUCGUCAUCAAGCCGUCAGAAGUUUCCGCCAACACUGCCGCUACCUUCGAAAAGCUCCUCCCGAAGUAUUUCGAAGCGGUAAUCGGACUUCCUAGUCUUAGACUUCUGAACGAGAAAUUCAGAAGUACCUGAACGUCGUGACCGGAGGCGUCAGCGAGACGACGGAGCUUCUGAAAGAAAGAUUCGACCACAUCCUGUACACUGGCUGUCCUCCAGUCGCCAAGAUCAUCAUGACCGCCGCCGCCAAGCACCUCACCCCCGUUACUUUGGAACUCGGAGGAAAAUGGUAAGACUCAAUUUGAUGUCUUCGUCGCCUCUCACCCACAAGGAAGAUUGUUUAACGUAGCGAUUAUGAUUUUCUGAAAAUAGGCCAGACUUUGUUUUCCCCGGUCUCACAAUAUUUUUUGAUAAAAAUGAGUUCCUAGUCUCAGAAUCAGUGCUGCUGACGGGGCGCCCCGCCCCGUUGGGUAGAUAAGUAAAAAUGAAGUUUAAGUGAGAAAAUCUGCAGAGUAACGACUAAUAAAUAAAUAUAUUGGUCGAAGAAAAUGAAAAUUCAUUCAUAUCAUUGAGUAACUGUGGGGAAAUCUUCUAACAGUGUGACCGCUUCGCGGGGCGGGGCGCCCCGGUCUGGUCAGCAGCUCUGCUCAUAAUGACCCUACUAAACGGGUUUUAAUCAUUUUUCUUGACUUACAAUUGACCGUUCUUGGAAACUGGCAAAUAGAGCAGAUUUAGUUUUCUACCUUAUUUUUCUGCUACAUUAAAAUGACCGAUUGUCAAAAAUCUCUCACAAAAAAAGUCCUUUCGCCAGAAUUCGAAAAAGUCUGACUUUUCUGCGUCUCUUUUCUCUCACCAGCGAGUUCGUUUGAAGAGGAAAAAUUACGUAAACAUGAAAGCGUAGAGUAAUCAGACUGUUAAAAGAUGUGUCGAAAAAAUAGACUUUUCUGCGCCCUCUUUGUCUAUCGACGACCCUCUCAAGAUGACGGGUGGGUUUCAUGUUUCUCUGAUUUCACCGGUGAGGGAACAGAGAGAAGCAGACACUCUAAAACUAUCCAGUCGCAGCAGGCGGACUUUAUAGAUGCCUUAAUGAAUAAGAAACUUCCGGCUUUUGACUUAUCUUUUUUCACUUGAAAACUGUUCUUAUCACGAUAUUUCAGCCCUGUGGUCGUUGAAGACGACGCUGAUAUUGAUCUGACGGCUCGAAGAAUCGCCUGGGGCAAAUGGACCAACUGCGGACAGACUUGCCUCGCUCCAGACUACGUUAUCUGCAACGCCGCUGUCAAGUCCAAGGUCUCAUACUCCAACAAAACAUUUUGCUGGAAAGAUCCAUUUGCAGCUCCUCGAUUCGUUCCGCAAGUACCUCAAGGAGUUCUACGGAGAGGACAUCAAGGCCAGCAAGGACUACUCCAGAAUCAUCAACGAGCGUCAUUUCGAGUGCGUACAAGUGCACUUUUUGUUUUUGAAGUCCCUGGGAAAAUUAUCAUAUUUACCUCGAAUGAGGAACAUGAUUUGAAAAACAAAAAUGGUGAAAUGAGAAGUAAUUGCGUGAGAAAUAAGGAAAAAAAGAGUGAAUCAGGGUCAGAAAUCUAAAUUUUCUUGGGAGACUACAUAUUUUGUGUUACCAAGGAUACACAAAAAAAAACUUUAAGUAGAAUGUUUUCAAGGAGGCGAUUCAACAAUCUCAAUUUGAGAGCAGAUUAAAAGAUUAGAAUGUUAAGGUAAUAAAAAAAACUUAAAAAUAAAAAUAAAAGGAACUUUGUUUUUGGCUUGUUUUUUUUUCAAGUAAGGAAAAUUACUCACGUCAGAAAUUUUGCAACUAGUUCUCUUUCUUUCAACUUUAGAGAAAAAAAAAUCACUCAGGUUAGUAGAUCAGCCGAAUUUCAGCCGUCUUUCGGCUCUUCUUGACAAAACCGAAGGCGCCGUGCUUUUCUCCGGCGGAGAACGCGACCGAAAUGACCUUUUCCUGCCGCCAGUCAUCCUUGACGUCAAGGCUUCGGAUCCGUUCAUGCACGACGAGGUGAUGAUCAAAUUCAGCAAAAAAAAGGGUCAAAUGAAGAUUUUCUGUUUUCACGAAAUAUUGCUAACUUCGUGAAAAGCUGACCUGAACGUAUUCUGCAAAAGAAAGGGCAGCAAAAACUUAAGGAUUUAUAUAAGGAACUAAUCUCCCCUUUGUAACAGAUCUUCGGACCUGUCCUCCCCGUCCUGACCGUCAAGGACCUGAGCGAGGCUCUGCAGUACAUUGACGCCGGCGAAAAGCCUCUGGCCGCCUAUAUCUUCACUCGCAACGAGUCCAAAGUCAACCGACUUCUGCGGGAAACCAGCAGCGGCGGCAUCACUGUCAACGACGUUUUGAUGCAUCUUACUGGUUAGAUCCGAAUCGCAGUGAAAUCAAAUGUUUCCGGCCUUUUCUAGUCGAUACACUGCCUUUCGGUGGCGUUGGAAACUCCGGAAUGGGCAGGUACCGUGGUAAGUUCGGCUUCGACACGUUCACCCACGAGAAGUCGGUCCUUCAACGUGGAUUUCUCGGCGAAUCUCUUAUCUCGUGAGUUUGACUUCUUUUUCAGAAACCUAAAGGAUUUUGUGACGAGAAAAAAAGCGAAUUGCAUAUUUUUUCAGAGCUCGGUAUCCGCCAUCAACACCUGAAAAGCUGGCGAUGUUGCGUCGAUUGACAGGCCGCCGAAUUGGCCUCGGAUGGUUCGGCUGCCUUUCCGUUCCGGUAAUUGUUGCCUCAGUCGUGUUUGGCAUGAUCCUACAGGCAAGUUUUUCUGUGCUGAUGCGAAUUUAACCUAACUAAUCUCAUAAAAGGGAAUUUCGAGAUAGUCUAACUUAAAAAAACCGUUCCAAAAUGUUGUUUAGUUGCAUGUCCCAACGCUUUUAGUUCCAAACUAACCGCUUUUAACGCAGACGAAAAUUGCCUCUAGAAUCGCUUGCUUGACACUAACUCAAAUCGAAUCACUUUUGAUUAUUAAUUUUUUUCAGUUUCUUUCUUCUCGCCUUUAA